UCGAGCACGUCAGCAUGCUGGUCAUCCUCCUGAACUGCGUCACCCUGGGCAUGUUCCAGCCCUGCGAGGAUGUGGAGUGCCAGUCGGAGCGGUGCACCAUCCUGGAGGCAUUUGACGACUUCAUUUUCGCUUUCUUUGCGGUGGAGAUGGUCAUCAAGAUGGUGGCUCUGGGGAUCUUCGGGCAGAAGUGUUACCUUGGAGAUACGUGGAAUCGUCUGGACUUCUUCAUCGUGAUGGCGGGCAUGAUGGAGUAUUCUCUGGACGGACACAACGUGAGCUUGUCUGCGAUUCGCACCGUCCGGGUACUUCGGCCGCUACGAGCCAUUAACAGGGUCCCGAGUAUGCGAAUACUCGUCACCCUGCUCUUAGAUACUCUGCCUAUGUUAGGCAACGUCCUCCUCUUGUGUUUCUUUGUCUUCUUCAUCUUUGGGAUUGUCGGUGUGCAGCUCUGGGCAGGGCUGCUGAGAAACAGGUGUUUCCUCGACAGGAAUUUUGCAAUGACAUACAACCUUACCUUCCUGCAUCCGUACUACCGGACCGACGAAGCGGAGGAGAACCCAUUCAUCUGCUCAUCGCAUCGUGAAAACGGCAUGCAGAAAUGCUCCAACAUCCCAAACAGGAAGGAGUACAAGGUGGAGUGCACCUUGAGCAUGGACUCCUACACCCCAAGUUUAUACAACCCUGACUUCAGCAGCAGGAAUGCCUGCAUAAACUGGAACCAGUAUUAUAACGUAUGCAUGGCAGGGGACGUAAACCCACACAACGGAGCUAUCAAUUUUGAUAAUAUUGGAUAUGCCUGGAUAGCUAUUUUUCAGGUUAUAACCCUGGAAGGAUGGGUUGACAUCAUGUAUUAUGUGAUGGAUGCACAUUCUUUUUACAAUUUUAUAUAUUUUAUAUUGCUUAUAAUAGUUGGUUCCUUCUUCAUGAUUAACUUGUGCCUGGUUGUGAUAGCAACACAGUUUUCUGAAACAAAGCAGCGGGAGAACCAGCUGAUGCAGGAGCAGCGGGCCCGUUAUCUCUCCAAUGACAGCACAAUUGCCAGCUUCUCGGAGCCAGGUAGCUGCUACGAGGAGCUGCUCAAGUACAUCUGCCACAUCUUCAGGAAGGUGAAACGGCGGACAAUACGCCUGUACAAUAACUGGCAGAGUAAGCGUCGGAAAAAAGUUAACCCGAACAGCACCACAAAUGGGCAAAGCCACCGAGGCAAAAAGCGCAUCACCUCCAUACACCACCUCAUCCACCACCACCACCACCACCACCACCACCACUAUCACAUCAGCAAUGGGAGCCCUCGGGGGCCACGCUCCAACCCUGAGAUCUGCGACCUGGAACUCAAGGUUAUGAAACCUGGGGGCCAGUUGAUGCUUCCUUCUCCAUCACCCAACUUGCAGAGCCCUGCUCCUCCUCCAGAUACGGAGUCUGUGCACAGCAUUUACCAUGCAGACUGUCACGUUGAAGGACCACAAGUGAACUGUAAGUCUUCCAAUGCCCCUGCAAGCAUUAAACUGGCUGCUGGACUCUCCAACCAUGGCAGCAUGAACUAUCCUACUAUCCUACCUUCUCCAACUAGCAAAGCCAGUUCUGUUCCGGUUCCCAAAGGAAAGAAGAAUGGCAAUUCACCUGUGGCUGUGGUUAAUAGCCCUGUAAAUUUGGGCACAGAUUCUUAUGGAAAGCUACAGCAACUGGUAGGAGAGCAUGGUCUGCGGCGGACGCCCAGCCGGCUGUCAGGGCUGAGCGCGGCCUGCCCGCUGCCCAGCCCGCCCAGCGGCACGCUGACCUGCGAGCUGCAGGAUUGCCCCUUCUGCGCCAGCCUCCUGGAGGACCCCGAGUUCGCCUUCAGCGAGUCCGACAGCUGCGACUCCGACAGCAAUGGCAUCUACGAGUUCACCCAGGACCUGCGGCACGGCGACCACAGAGACCAGCUCCAGCAGCAGCGGGGCAGGAGGAGGAAAAAGAAGAAAAAACCCAAGGAGAGGAACAAGGUAAUCCGCCUGUGGAAGGCUUUUGGCACCAAGCUGAAGAGGAUCGUGGAGAGCAAGUACUUCAACCGGGGGAUUAUGAUAGCCAUUCUCAUCAACACGCUGAGCAUGGGCAUCGAGUACCACGAGCAGCCGGAUGAGUUGACCAACGCCUUGGAGAUCAGUAACAUCGUCUUCACAAGCAUGUUUGCCCUGGAGAUGCUCCUGAAACUCCUUGCCUUUGGCCUCUUCGGCUACAUCAAGAACCCGUACAACAUCUUUGAUGGGAUCAUAGUUGUCAUCAGUGUCUGGGAGAUCAUCGGCCAGUCGGACGGAGGCCUCUCUGUGCUACGAACAUUUCGGCUGCUCCGGGUGCUGAAACUGGUGCGUUUCAUGCCCGCCCUCCGUCGCCAGCUGGUGGUCCUGAUGAAGACAAUGGACAAUGUAGCCACCUUCUGCAUGUUGCUUAUGCUCUUCAUCUUUAUCUUCAGCAUUCUUGGCAUGCAUCUUUUUGGAUGCAAGUUCAGCCUGAAAACUGAUACAGGAGACACAGUUCCAGAUAGAAAGAAUUUUGAUUCCUUACUUUGGGCCAUUGUGACCGUAUUUCAGAUCCUCACUCAAGAGGACUGGAACGUGGUCCUGUACAAUGGGAUGGCAUCUACAUCCUCAUGGGCAGCACUCUACUUUGUGGCCCUGAUGACCUUCGGCAAUUAUGUGCUCUUCAACCUUCUUGUUGCCAUUCUGGUAGAAGGCUUCCAGGCAGAGGGUGAUGCCAAUAGGUCAGACACAGAUGAGGACAAGACAUCUGCUAACUUUGAUGAUGAUUUUGAGAAGCUAAAGGACCUCCGAGCAACAGAGAUGAAGAUGUACUCACUUGCCGUCACCCCAAAUGGACACCUGGAGGGCAGGGGAAGCAUGCCACCUCCUAUAAUCAUGCGCACUGCUGCCACACCAAUGCCCACACCAAAGUGUUCCCCACACAUGGAUUCAGUGCACACUUUUGUGGACUCAAGGAGAGGGAGUAAUGCUUCUCUAGACCCCUUGAGCUACGAUCAGAAGUCUUUGUCCAGCCUCCGCAGUUCCCCUUGUGCCAACUGGGGCACCAGCAGCAACUGGGGAAGCCGACGCUCAAGCUGGAAUAGCCUGGGCAGAGCCCCGAGCCUCAAGAAGAAGAACCAGUCAGGAGAAAGAGAGUCCUUGCUCUCUGGGGAGGGAAAAGGCAGCACAGAUGAUGACUCUGAUGAUGCCAAGUCCAGCACGGUCAGCAGACCCUCGUUGCACCGCCGGGCAGAGUCCCUGGACUACCGCAGCUCCCUGGACCUGCCUGAGCUGCUCCAGUUGCCCACCAUGCGCCACUCGCUCAGUAUCAGCCCCGUGGCCGUUCUGCCUGCCGAGUACCAAGACUGCAACGGCAAGAUGGUUCAUGUCCCCAGUGAGUUCUUCCUGCGUGUCGACAGCCACAAAGAGGAUGCCAUGGACUACGAGGAUGACAUGGAUGAUAGUUACUGCUACCGGAUUCGUAAAGUCCUGGAGCCCUACAAACCACAGUGGUGCAAGAGUCAUGAAGACUGGUCCCUCUACUUGUUUUCCCCACAGAAUCGGUUCCGAGUGAUGUGCCAGAAGGUCAUUGCUCACAAAAUGUUUGACCACGUGGUGCUGGUUUUCAUAUUUCUUAACUGCAUCACUAUAGCACUGGAGCGACCAGACAUAGACCCACACAGCACAGAAAGGAUAUUCCUAAGUGUUUCUAAUUACAUUUUCACUGCAAUCUUUGUGGCUGAAAUGAUGGUUAAGGUGGUAGCUCUUGGCUUUUUCUCUGGGGAGAACACCUAUCUGCAGAGCAGCUGGAAUGUCCUGGAUGGAGUCCUGGUCUUUGUAUCUAUCAUUGACAUUAUUGUCUCCAUGGCAUCAGCAGGUGGAGCAAAGAUCCUGGGUGUCCUUCGUGUUUUGAGACUUCUGCGGACCUUGAGACCUCUCCGAGUCAUCAGCAGAGCCCCGGGUCUGAAGCUGGUGGUAGAAACCUUGAUCUCCUCCUUGAGGCCUAUUGGGAAUAUUGUUCUCAUCUGCUGUGCUUUCUUCAUUAUCUUUGGAAUUUUAGGGGUCCAGCUUUUUAAAGGCAAGUUCUACUACUGUGAUGGUCCUGAUAUAAAAAACAUCACUACAAAGACUGACUGCACUAACGCACGCUACAAGUGGGUUCGGCGGAAGUACAAUUUUGACAAUUUGGGACAGGCCCUCAUGUCCUUGUUUGUCCUCUCCUCCAAAGAUGGUUGGGUGAAUAUCAUGUAUGACGGUUUGGAUGCCGUGGGUAUUGACCAACAGCCCAUCCAGAACCAUAACCCUUGGAUGCUUCUCUACUUCAUCUCCUUCCUGCUCAUCGUCAGCUUCUUCGUGCUCAACAUGUUUGUGGGGGUGGUGGUGGAGAACUUUCACAAGUGCCGACAGCACCAGGAGGCAGAGGAGGCCCGGCGGCGGGAGGAGAAGCGGCUGAGACGCUUGGAGAAAAAGCGCAGGAGUAAGGAGAUAUACCUGUCUGAAGCCCAGCGCAGGCCUUACUACGCUGACUAUUCCCCGGCACGGAAGUACAUUCAUACCCUCUGCACCAGCCACUAUCUCGACCUCUUCAUCACGUUCAUCAUUGGGGUCAAUGUCAUCACUAUGUCGAUGGAGCACUACAACCAGCCAAAGUCCCUGGAUGAAGCCCUGAAGUACUGCAACUAUGUGUUCACCAUAGUUUUUGUGUUUGAGGCAGUUUUGAAGUUGGUGGCGUUUGGUUUUCGAAGGUUCUUUAAGGACAGGUGGAAUCAGCUGGAUUUGGCCAUAGUUCUCUUGUCAAUUGUGGGGAUCACGCUGGAGGAGAUUGAGAUGAAUGCUGCACUGCCCAUCAAUCCCACAAUAAUACGCAUCAUGCGGGUGCUGAGGAUAGCGAGAGUGCUGAAACUGCUUAAAAUGGCCACCGGAAUGCGAGCUCUCCUGGACACAGUGGUACAGGCACUUCCCCAGGUAGGGAACCUUGGCCUACUUUUUAUGCUCCUGUUUUUUAUCUAUGCUGCCCUGGGAGUGGAAUUGUUUGGCAAGCUAGACUGCAGCGAAGAAAAUCCCUGCGAAGGUCUGAGCCGGCACGCAACUUUCACCAACUUCGGCAUGGCCUUUCUCACCCUCUUCAGGGUGUCAACAGGGGACAACUGGAAUGGUAUCAUGAAGGACACUCUCCGGGAAUGCACUCGGGAAGACAAGCACUGCCUCAGUUACCUGCCUGUUAUCUCUCCUGUCUACUUCGUCACCUUUGUCCUCAUCGCACAGUUCGUCCUGGUCAAUGUGGUGGUGGCAGUGCUGAUGAAGCACUUGGAGGAGAGCAACAAAGAGGCCAAGGAGGAUGCUGAGAUGGAUGCUGAGAUCGAGUUGGAGAUGUCCAAAGGAGCAACCACCUCAGCCACCAGUGGGAGCAGGGGAGGUGCAGUGGCCCCGGAGAGCAGGGCACCCUACAGAAGUCAGGAGACCGUGAAGUCAGAGUCAGCGGUGCAGGAGGCGCUGAGCUGUGACAAUGUGUCUUUAGCCAUCCCAGACUCAGACACGCUGGAGGGGGCAGAGACUCCCAUCAUGGAAAUCCCGUCCUUCUGCUCUGUUUCCCACCAUGUCCUGACACCUUCCCACAAAACCCCAGGCCACGAGGCUGAGGCCGGCGCAGCCUCUCUGAGGCCACAGGACUCUCAAAACCUUCUGGCUGUCCGCAAGAUCUCUGUUUCCCGCAUGCACUCCUUGCCCAACGACAGCUACAUGUUCCGGCCAGUGAUGCCAGAGAAAGCCCCUUUCCCCCUCCACGAGGUGGAGAUAGAAACGUAUCCCUGCAAAUCUCAGAGAGGGUCCAUCACCUCCAUCCGCUCCCAGCCCGUGGGAACGUGUUCCUCUCUGAGGGUCCCAACGGAGUCCCUCCAUCUGGCAGUCCGGUCUCCCAACCACGAGGGCCGCCACCGCUGGAAGAUCCUCCCCCCCCACGUCACACCUCGAUCUCCUACUCUCAACAAGCUGCUGUGCAGACAGGAGGCCAUUAGAACGGACUCCGUGGACGGGCAGACUCCGGACCGCAAGGACAGCCUGCAAACAGAGCCUGGAGAGGCACUACCAUCAGCAACGCAGCCCCAGAGCACCUUCACCCCCAGCCCUCUCCACCCCUCGGCUGCCUCCCGCCCGGGGACCCCCCCAUGCUCCCCCCCAUCCUCGCCUCACCGUCACCCCAGCACGCUGGCACGGAAGAACACCUGCGGCCAGCACGGCAUCCCCAGCCCCAGCGACAGCCCUCCCGACCCCGAGGGCUGCCCCUUCGAGUCCUCCGACCUGGCUGACGAGGAGGUUCGCCACAUCAACAGCUCGGCCAAGGACUGGGGAGGGGAACACUCGGACGCUGGAAGCCGCUCGACUUCGCCGUUCAUCUCCCCGGCACCAUCUCCGGUGCCUCUCAAGAACUGCAGCACAAACAGCCUCUCCAGGGGCAGCAGCAAGGAGAAGGACUUGAAGAAGUUUUACAGCAUCGAUACGAAGGGCUUCCUCAACAAGCCCAGCUGGGCAGACGACCAAAGGCGACACUCCAUCGAGAUCUGCCCCUCCAUCAGCGAUGGGGGCUGUAGCUUUGAGGACCCUACCGAGGAAAAACAGCGAUCGCCUGCCCACAUCCAAAUGGAAUCCGAGUACAUCCAUGGAGCCCGGAGGAAGAAGAAGAUGAGUCCACCCUGCAUUUCUAUAGAUCCUCCCAUGGAGGAUGACGGUGGGGCGGCCUCGCGCACCAAACCCUCUGAGAACAGCAUGUUGCGGCGAAGGACCCCGUCCUGUGAGUUCCCGGCUUACAGAGAGUCCCUGGAGCUCACGGAGAGCCAACCCGGGGAAACAGCCUCCAAAACAGAGCGCCGGGGCCAGCCCCCGUGCCGCGGGGAGCACCUGACCAUCCCCAACUUCUCCUUCGAGCAAUUGGACGGCAGCUCCUUGAGCAGCCUCUCGGAUCUCCUCCUGGACAGCGGUCAGUCCACACCGGCCUCUGGGGACUCCCAGCCGGACUCCGACGCUCCCGAACUGAAAAAACAGGAUCACUUAAAAACUCAGUGGAGCAACGCCGAGAAAAGCAAAGAGCUCCUGGGCAUCGCUAAGAGCCCCCUCCGGAAGCAGGACUUGGUCCCUGUGACUGUUGCAACAGAAGAAGACAUAGAUGACCCAGUAUAGCUUUCUGGGAGGGGGGAGUGGGGGGGUCUCAAGGGCUUGACACCAAUGUGGGUUUCCAAACUGAAGGGACUGAGCGGCCGCAGGUCCACGGGUGGCUGCUCGCUCGGGUUUUUUUUCCUUUCUCGCAGUCACUUGUUCUUAAGCGCUGUGGAGGUUUGCAAAAAAAUAAAAAAAAAAACAC